AUGCUGCGCAUUGUAAACAGAUUCAGUCUUCCUACUCUGAGAUCUUUCUCCUCCCGCAUUACUAUUGACAACAUCAACCAGCACAUUCGCACUGCUGACUAUGCUGUCCGUGGAGAGGUUGUGAUUCGCGCUAACGAGAUUGACGCCGAGAUGAAGAAGGGCAAGAAGUUCCCCUUCGAUUCUCUGCUUUACUGCAACGUCGGUAAUCCUCAGGCUAUUUGCCAGAAGCCCAUCACCUUCCUGCGUGAGGUGCUGUGCAUCACCUCCUGGCCCGAGGUUGCUGAGAAGCAUCCUGAGAUGUUCCACCCCGAUGCCAUCCAGAGAGCCAAGGAGCUGCUGGCUGCCAACCCUGGUGGUUCGGGUGCCUACUCGCAGACUGCUGGAGUGGGUAAGGUUCUGGAGGAUGUGGCUGCUUACAUUACGAAGCGUGACGGUUUCCCCGCUGAUCCCAAGAACAUUUUCCUGACGAACGGUGCUUCCCAGGGUAUUCAGGACUGCCUGAAGCUGCUGAUUGACAAGCCUACGGAUUGCAUUCUGAUUCCCAUUCCCCAGUACCCUCUGUACUCUGCUUCGAUCCACGUGUUCGGAGGCCAGUACGAGCCCUACUAUCUGAACGAGAAGAACGACUGGGCUCUGGACCCCGCUGACAUUGAGAAGUCGAUCAAGAGCGCCCGCGCGAAGGGUCUGACGGUGAAGGCGAUCGCUGCGGUGAACCCGGGCAACCCGACCGGCAAGUGCUUCACUCGCGAGAACAUCGAGGACAUUUGCAAGAUCUGCGCGCGCGAGAACAUCGUGAUCAUGGCCGAUGAGGUGUACCAGGAGAACAUCUACCGCCCUGGCGACAAGUUCAUCUCCUUCAAGAAGGUGAUGUGCGAGCUGGGUCUGAACUGCCAGAUGAUGUCCUUCCACUCGACCUCGAAGGGAUACUGGGGUGAGUGCGGACGCCGCGGUGGCUACGUGGAGCUGGUGAACUUCCCCGAUGACGUGCGCGCCGAGCUGUACAAGCUGCUGUCGAUCUGCUGCUGCUCGAACGUGGACGGCCAGUACACCAUGGACGUGAUGAUCAACCCGCCCAAGCCCGGUGAUGCCUCCUACGAGCUCUUCCAGAAGGAGAAGAACGGCAUUCUGGAGUCGCUGAAGGUGCGCGCGAAGAAGCUGUCGACCGCUCUGAACAAGCUGGACGGCGUGUCCUGCCUGUCGGUGGACGGUGCUCUCUACACCUACUUCCGCCUCACCAUGCCUCCCAAGGCCAUCGAGGAGGCCAAGAAGCAGGGAAGAGCCGCCGAUGCCAUGUACUGCAUGGAUCUCCUCAACGAGGCCGGAGUCGUGUGCGUGCCUGGAAGUGGAUUCGGACAGGAGGAGGGAACUUACCAUGUCCGCUCCACCAUUCUGCCCCCUGAAAACGAGAUCGAUCAGGUCGUGGAGAGAAUGAACAACUUCCACAAGAAGUGGAUGGCUAGAUACCAAUAAAUAAGAAGAAAAGAAAGACGGCGAUGAUGAAAGUUGUUGUUGUAGAUUAACGU